CGCAAGGAAAGUGGAGAUUAAGAGUCUUUAUUUUAUGAUCACUUUAUCGUUGAAUUUGUUUAACAAGUUGUUCUUGAGAGGAGCAUUGUCUUUCCCACUAUCAAAAAGUACGUGCUAAUGUAUACCUAGGUACAAGCAGGUUUAAUACUACAGCGAGGGUAGUCGAGUAAACACAGUGCAGACAAACCAGCCAGGGAGGUGUUGUCUACAAGUAUUCACGUAGGUAUAGCAGUGUCACAGAUUUUGCAUAAAGCCCACUCUUGUCCCCAGGAUUCGACAAAUACAUGCAUUGCUGUGGGUGUCAGGUGAGGCCCUAGAGAAAGCUAUACCGAACUCUUUUCAUGCGUGACCGACUAGCAAUCGAGGAGUUCAUGUAACUGUCUCCCGAGCUAGAGUUCACAGUUACAGAAAGGAGUUCGUCUCCUGAAGAUACCUGUCGCAUAACAACAGCAUACCAGGGCUACUUGCUUUUACUGAAGGAAUUCCUUGUGUGUCACAAUUAGCAAUUAGCGUUCGUAACAGUCGACAUGGAUGAUAAAGAAGGAAAGAACGGAAGGGCAGGAGUUGUGGGUGAGAAAUACACACCAUAUAGCGGUGACAGUGGUUAUGAUCAAGACGAAGACGCCACAGGCAAUGGGAAAAUCGACGGCGAUGGCGGUGAUGUUGAGGAGACAUCACUGGACAUUGAGGAUGGACACGAGCGUGAGACCUGGACGGGUAAACUGGACUUUCUGCUCGCCUGUGUCGGUUUCUCCGUAGGACUGGGGAACGUUUGGAGAUUUCCGUACCUCUGCUACAAAAAUGGAGGAGGUGCCUUCCUCUUGCCCUACUUCAUCUGUGUCAUCAUUGGUGGAAUCCCGCUCUUCUUCCUGGAGGUGGCAGUUGGUCAGUUCAUGUCCAUCGGGGGCACCAAGGCUUGGAACAUCGUGCCUCUUUUCCAGGGUAUCGCCAUCGCCACCACGGUAACAGUGUUUAUCCUAAACUGUUACUACAAUGUCAUCAUGGCCUGGGCCUUCUACUAUCUGUUCUCCUCGUUUACAUCCGUCCUGCCCUGGUCCCACUGUGACAACUACUGGAACACGGACUUCUGCACCACUAACUUCACCAAGCUAGCCGAUCAGAACAUCACCGUGGGAAACGACGUAAUUAACCUGGCCAAUAGAAGCCUGUGUUACGACAUUGUCGAGAACAACGGCUCAGUGACGUUUUGGGAUGGCACGAACGCGACGACCAAUCACUCUGCUUGGGCCUUCUGCGAGGCCGUCAUCUUUGAUGACAAGAAAGUUGACUCGGUUAUUGAAUUCUGGGAACGAAAGGUGUUGUCUAUCUCUCCCGGAAUUGACCAGCCUGGGGUUCUGAAGUGGGACCUCAGUCUGUGCUUGUUACUCGCCUGGGUUGUCGUCUACUUCUGUAUUUGUAAAGGCAUCAAGUCUUCCGGAAAGGUAAUGUACGUCACGGCUACCUCCCCUUACAUUCUCAUGAUUGUCCUUUUAAUCCGCGGCGUGACGCUAGAUGGCGCCAAAGAGGGCGUGUUGUACUACCUGACCCCGGACUUCGGUCGUCUGCUGGACAUGCAGGUAUGGGUAGACGCUGGGACACAGAUUUUCUUUUCAUAUUCUAUUGCACUGGGCGCUUUGACUGCACUGGGCAGCUAUAAUAAAUUCCAUCACGACUGCUACAGAGAUUCUAUCAUCUUUGCCCUGACAAACAGUGGCACCAGUUUCCUUGCCGGAUUUGUCAUUUUCUCUGUUCUGGGAUAUAUGGCGCAAGAGCAGGGGGUAGACAUAGCAGAAGUGGCUGAAUCAGGCCCCGGUCUAACAUUUAUCGCCUACCCGAAGGCCCUGGCGGCUAUGCCCAUCUCUCCGCUCUGGUCCAUCCUCUUCUUCAUCAUGGUUAUAUUACUCGGCCUGGACAGUGAGUUUGUAGGUGUGGAAGGCGUCAUUACUACAGUCGUUGACCAAUGGCCAGGCUAUCUCAGGAAGGGUUACAGACGAGAGAUCUUCAUCGGGAUCGUGUGUUUUGUAACUUUCCUUGUAGGAUUACCCAUGUGUACAGAGGGUGGUAUGUACGUCUUUCAACUAUUCGACUACUACGGCGGCAGUAAGAUCGUACUGUUGGUUUCCUUCAUAGAGUGCGCUGCCGUAUCCUACGUCUAUGGAAUCAGACGCUUCUACGACAACCUCGAAAUGAUGCUGGGAUAUCGUAUUGGACCGUACAUGUUCAUCAGCUGGUUGAUUACGUCACCCAUUUACUGCCUGGUGAUCUUCGUCCUGGGUGUGAUCAACUAUUCGGAGCUGUCCUACAAACGGCCGUCUGUUGUCUAUGAGUACCCAGCCUGGGCCGUGGGUAUAGGUUGGUGCCUUGCGCUCAUCUCUAUCAUCUGGAUACCCAUCGUCAUGAUAUACAAGCUGAUCAAAUACUCCAACGUUAUCCGGAUACUCAAACUCCUAUGCCACCCGUCCACUCUCAAAUCUCACCAGUUGCGGCCGCUGGACAUGGACGAGGAGUCCGUGGAUUACCUGGUGGAUUCCAAGACCAUCACUGUAAACGUCCCCAGACGACGUACUUUUGACGGAGGAAACACCGACCUAGAUGUGACCCCAAGUUCAUCUGACAAGCUGGAUCAGCCGCCAUCUUAUGACAAAUUCGUACACACUAACGCCGCCUAUGAUGCUCAUAUUGACUAGAACGUUUAAUCAGGAAUUAUAUUAACUGGUGCGGAUUAAACGCCGGACAUGUUCUAUCUAACUGUCUAUAAUUACAAAAUAUGAUGUAUGCUGUUCUUUGUUUUUUCGGUUUUUUGUUUAAGAGAGUUAAGAAAAUUUAAAUAUUUGAAUUCAGUGGCGGACGGGUACUCUGUCGUCUCAGAAAAAUUGUCCCAUUCUUAACACAUCUCGUAAGGUUGGAGUCGAGUAAAAGAUUACACAAAUUAUGUUCACAUAUAUUUCGCCUUUAGGUGAAAAUGCUGGAAGAAAAAGGGUACGAUAUCAGUGUAAUCUUGCCACAGGCAUAAUGUAAUGGCAAUCGAAGAAUUUAAGAAUUUGAAUGCGUUUGAUUUCAUUUUAAAAAGUCUAGAAAUAUGACUACAAGAAGAUAUAUUCAAGUUUUUAAUCUGGCAAUGCUUGCUUCAGUUUUGAGCUGUUUUUCCCUCCUAUAACAACAGCUGUUUGUCAUUGCAUUAAAAUGAAGGUUUAAGAAACAGACUCAAGAAUUGCUGCAAAUUCGUCCACUUUGUUUUAUAUCUAGCAGAUUGCUUAAGCCACAAUCAAAAUAUCUUACUAUGAAGCUGCUUACAGUAACAUCAGAGGCGUAUUGUUACAGAUGAAGGAAUGAUCUUCAUCCUGUAGCUUAUAAUUGCAAAUAUUUGGGAGAUCUUGGUGAAAUAUGCGAACGUUAAUUUUCAUAAACAUACUUCAUCUGCGCAUGGCGUAAUUUAGGACAUACUCCGGAUGAAGCCUUAUGAAGGAAGACCCUGUACUCUACUCCCAGUUUAGUUUUCGUGCAUUUUCGACAAAAUUAUAAGGCCUACCUAUCAGGCUCUCCAUAGGCUUGGAAAAAAGACAAAUGAAUCUGUUCAAAAAUAACAUUUAAAAAAUAUAUAUUUAAAACAAAAAGUUUACAAUAACCUAUAUGUGUAAUUAAUCCUGCGUUCAGGAAUUGUCCAGGUUACUCGCAAUUCAUGCAUUUAGCAGCGUCCUGCACAUUCAGGGUUUUAAAUUAAAAUAUAUUUUUAGAAAGAAACAUUUGCAUUCAUUGUUUAUCGCAGUUAACCAGUUAAAAUGUUCAAUGUAAAUGUUUUCUACUUCAGUUUUCAUUUCACUUGAACUAUGUUAGCCAGAUCUUGACCUUUAUUAUAGUGUGUUACGUUUCAGGGGAGAUAAUGCAUUAAGGUAUUUUGCAUUUAAGUAGCUGUUCCGCUGCAGGUGUCCACGAAUUCACUAGUUCAAAACGCACUGAGAAACAACUUAAAUUUCACAAGGAAUUUUUUAUUUCUUUUAUUUUUCAACGCCAGAUAUACAUGUAUACACGCUUUCGUAACUUGUGAAAUUUAAGGCUCAGAAUGAUUAUACAGGAUGAUUUUAUACACUAAUUCAAACGCAAACCUUAUGGAUUUUUUCGACAAUGCCCUACCUUAACUCUUCAUCGAUCUAAGCUAGUCUUAAAAGCAAGAAUGUUCAGAAAGUGUAACUAGUUCAACCGAUGAAACAAUGCGUUGCCGUGUAAAAGGAAUCAAAAAUCGAUUUAACUAAUUAUAGUGAAUGGCCUCUAUACCAUAAUGCUGACCGCAGCAUAGGUGAAAUAUUCUUGAGUAAAACAUCUAUGAAAUAAAUAAAUACCGACUGGUUGCUAAAGUGUUAAAAGACGGGUAACUGAACAGGCUGGAUAUAGGGCCUUUAUAUAUGCCACUGUAUGAUGUUCAUAUGAUAUGAAAUGGAUUAGAUUUCAUAACCUACCUAUCUUCAUAUAUUUAACACCGAGUCAUCCCUUGUAUAUAAAUAUGGUCAAUUUCGUAACUUCAUAGAUACUUCAACCAGAGUAGGGGAAUUGAUGUCUCUUAUAUGUCGUACAGACAGUUUACUUUGUGUGAUGACGUUUUACAUUUGACUGAUACACUUAAUUAUUGAAAUUCGCGUUGGAUGUCGAAAAUGUUACUGUCUGUUUCCAGGACAUGCGAUCGUGUUUAAUUGUGAUUAGUCCUCCGAUAGGUCUAUCGAAAAUGAGCUGGAACUCUAGAAUUAGGCAAUACAAUUUCCACGGACAAAAUUUCAUUGCUAAAUGCGGAAGAAGGUCCAUUUUGAAAGUCAUUUUGCGACUUAACGACGUUUUGAUCUAUCUCCCAACAAACAACAAAAGGCUAAAUCUAGCCCUCUGAGGAAUUCCAUCAAGCUGAUCAUUUUACGUGGUUUUAAACUGAAUAUUAUGAUGCCCUCUGCGUGCACCAAGCAAACUCAUUGCACUGCGUGGUGUCUGUUCCACUAACAAGCUGUCACAAAGCGGUGACAAGGCUUCGUCAAGAACGUUUAUUAUGGUGACUUACCUCUUCACUACACCAUCUUGUCAUGGAAUGUUACGACAGGCGCAAUUUGCGACUAUUUGCGAUUUUCUUUAAGUAGGCCUUCGGGGAAAUUCUUCUGAAUAUAACGACCACGCGCGGGAUAGGUGAAACCAUUUUACAGAAUGCGUCCAGCAAAUGAACGAAAAAUCGCAAGCACAAUCACAUAACGGUGCCGUCAUGAGUGACCCGCCACCCGGACACCUUUGGGUUAACGCGGAAAGUGGCUACGAAAUGGCACCAAGACUGAAAACAGACGUUUUGGCCCAGAUAGGUGGAUUGAUUGCAUGGUGUGAGGCUCAAUGCUUUGUUCUAACAUGGGUACAGUGGAAAGUUCAAGUUUAUGCAAUAUGUAAAUAUUACUGUAAUCAGCUGCUAAUUGAUUAUAUACCAAGAUAUUAUUACAUUAGUCUUCGUCUCCGAGGUAAAUUAUGUUCUUGUUAUAACAUUCAUAGUUGUGUAUUUGUAUAAAUGCAUAUUCCUUUUGUCAGAUGAUAUGGUACCACUUAUAAAGAAAUUUUUGCCAUCAGGUGCAUAAUAUGAACAGAAAAAA